AUGUACAUUAGAAACCACAGCAACAGCACCAGCACAGACUCGAACAGUAGUACAAUGGGACACGCACCCGACACGCCCAAAGACGAGGCCCAGUCCAUAGGUGCAGAUGCCUGUGAGGCUCCCAUUGACUGCGAUGACCCAGCAGCGCUCGGAGAGUGUACAGCAACAUCUCGACCAACACCCCCACAAGCGAGUGAUAUGUGGUGUCUCACGAGCCAGACGGACUACAGUGUGCCAUUGAGUGGUGCGCAACAUACAGGACGAGAGUACUUGAGCACGCACAGGGGUGGAGUUGUCACAGCAGAUAUGGUCAAGAGAAAUGAAGUACGGAAGAGUUCUACUAUGGUGUUUGACACGCACAAGCACAAGCGAAAAGCCACCGCUCCUCGGGAGCCUACAGUAGACUACGUACUUCCGAAAGGUUCCAAAGGUGCGAAGCGGUCGCGUGGAAUAUCCAAUACAGGAAAGCACAAACUCGACGAUGAGGUUACCGUGGUAGAGACAACACCACGUAUUCCACCUCAGCAGCACACCAGAGGUCCACUGCCCCGCAUACCAUUGCACUCAGAUGCAUGUAUGGCACCAGAAUCAGAGCCAUACUGUGCACGACAGUCCCACACAGCCCCAGACAGGAAGACUCGACCGUGCGCUGAAGAAAGCAGACCCGCGUACUGGCAGUCUGGUACACAGUACUGUCCAGGAAGUGCGUAUGUACCGCAAAAUGAAGACGCCACACGCGAUCAGCCACAACAGUAUACGUACAUGAACCCACAAGCACCUCUUGUCUACACACCAACGACACAAUCCUUUCCACCAGUACCACCAAUAACGUCACCACCACCACCACCACCACCACCACCACCACCAUCGCAACCGCCGCUAGGACAGCAACAGAUACAAUCGCAACCACAAACACAGUCACAACCUCCAUUGCAGCCAUACAUGCAAUCACAACAACAGCAGCAUUCUACACAGGCCCAGCAACAGGCACAAUCGUUGACACAGCCACAGCCACAGCCUCCAUUGCAGUCAUACGGACAGCUAAAACAACAACCAUAUCAACAGGUACAACAACCGACACAGCAAGACCCACAGCCACAGUCAGAGACACAGCAAUGGUCACAACCACAACUGUACAAACAACAACAACAGCAACAACAUCAGUCACAGCAACAACAUCAGUCACUGCAACCACAGUCCCAGACAUGGGCGCAGCAAACCCCACGUACACCAUCGAAGCAGCAUCAACAACCACACACGCAGACACAACAAGGGCCACCGUAUCAACCACAGCGCUCGUCUGCCAUUAGCAAGCCACGCUAUGUUGUACAAUCACCUACAACAGAACCAGCAACACCCGUUCUCUUGCACCCCACAUCCCAGGAUGCCACUCAGCAGGGCAAUUCUAUCACCACAAAGACGUCAUCUACGACCACCACCACCACAACAACACGCGAGGUCACCUUGGCAUUGGGAGGUCGUAUUGUGUCGCACUGUUUGAACGGUGAUGAUGAUAGUGUGGAAUCUGAGCUCAACUUGUCCAGCGCCGUGCAGCAGCUGCUGGGACUGUGCCAAAAGGAAACCACUGAGCCUGCUCCAAUGAGUACGCAGGCUCAGAUCUUAGCACCACCACCACUACCACCACCACCACCAUCACAACUUACCUGGCAAACACCAAUACAUUUACAAGUACAAGGGCAAGCACAACCACACACCCCACAAGCACCACCCCCACCAAUAAACCCACAUCAAGAGAUACAACCGCAGCCACAAUCACAUCACGUUCUCGUGCCACCAGCCUCAGCUGUUUAUGGGCAAACACCAUACCUAGGUACACCUACAUAUGGGGUGCUGCCAACUUCCAAGCAAACUUAUGCAUACCCAGACAUGCCAGGACAACCCCUACCGCAAAGUGUGUAUCCAACACCGCCACUGUCAGAGGGUGUGAGUCACUAUCCCAAUGGGUCAUACAAUAAUGAGACGGUGUGGAACAAUGCAUAUACACAGGUACAAGCACAACCACCUCCACCUCCACCUCCACCUCCACCACCGCCAGUAAGUGCGCCUGUAUACAUGGAGUGUAUUGGGCACACUCAAGGGUCAAGUGGGUGGUAUGAGUAUGAAUAUGAACCAUCCACAACUAACGAGAUAGGCGCUGAGAAUGCACAUCAGCAGCCACACCCGCCACCGCCACCAUCACCACCCUGGCAGUGA